UGUAUAUUUUACUCUGUCACUGCCCCUCCGCCUCGCACCAGCCACUACUACAAUUACAGCUGCUGUAGACAGAGUAGUCUUGCCCGUCCGUUUCUCCGUCCUCUCCUAAACAAUCGACAUACGGCUUUAGGCUUGUGUAGAAGACAGUCUCGUUAAGUUAUUAUCCCAACUUCCAUCUAUAAACUCCGUUAGUCUGCUUGACUAUCGACAAUACACAAGCCACCAAGUAACUACUCCACUUGUCAACGUAAGGCGACUUUAGUUUGAGAGGAACACUUACUUGCGCCAUGUCGUUUGAAUAUUCCCGUGCCCUGAUGAGGCCUGUUACGGAGUCUCUCUUGGACAAAGUGAGGAGUACUGAUUCGACGAUAAAGUUGAAUUUCGCAAAUCUUCAGAGAGAACAGAAUAAGCUGGCCGAAGUACUGAAGAAACGUAGAAUAAAUGUAACGUAUAUCAAUGCUAACCCCAACUACCCGGAAGGUUGUUUCAUUGAGGAUUGUGCUGUAAUCAUAGGGGAAACUGCUUUGAUAUGUCGCCCGGCUGAUCAAUCUCGACGAGGAGAGGUUGGAGUAAUUAGAAAAUACCUAGAAAAAGAAAUUCAUUUAAAGGUCCAUGAUCUUAUGGAUCCGAAUGCUCUACUGGAUGGAGGGGACGUUCUCUUCACUGGUAUGUAUUUGCUGUUUCUUACAUUUUCUUUUUUCUUUAUUCCUAGUCAAAUAUAUUUUGUAGUGUCUGAAUCAAAACUUCUGUUUCAGCAAAUUAAAGAGCGCACCUCUAACACAUACUUCAAAUUAGACUUUGACAGUGAUGUACCAGCCAGUGUGUUGUUUGCAAAUGGUACACUGAUCCAUCGCAGCCGAGAAGAAAUGGGAGUGACUAACUGCAGUAUUUUAGAUGAGAAGAUUGGGUAUGACCGGGACGAGGUAGAACUGCGAGAAUUUGACAAGCUAAACCGUACCAUAAGUAGCCUGUGCCUGCUUAUCAACAGAAUCAAGACUACCCGACAGAUCAUGUCGGAUAUCAAUGACGAAGAUAUCAACAGCUAUUCUACGUUGACCAGAAAAAGCAAGGAUUAUUACAAAUAGUCUGUCAUUAAGCUAUCUCUUUCUUAUUGUUUUGUCGAUUUUUCUUUUUAAACUCUGAGUAAAAAUUUUUUGGUGGAGUGGAAACUAUAUAUUUUUUUUUUAAUUUUUCUUUUUUAACUCCCCAUUUGCUGCUCUAGCUUAAUUAUCAUCCAUAAAUUUAAGCUAAUUUGGAGACUUCAAUGACAAAUGCAAACACUUAAAUACUAAUAAUCAUAGUUACAAGACAAUAAGUUCCAAGAGAUAACAGUUUCGUUGUAAGUUGUUAGCAUUAAUACAUCAGUAUGAUUUUAAAGAAACCAUGAGGAAAUGAAAUGCUAACGAAAAUAUACCCAUUAAUAUAGGAUUUUGGUGAAACUUCAUUCCAGCUUCUUUAUUUCGGUUCAUUUCAUAUUUUAUGUACUCUUUAAGUUGAGUAUGUGAUGAAAUUAAAUUUUUUUUUUUUUUUUUGCCCAUUCUUCUUUCCAUACCGAUUCCAUACUGCUGUUGUAGUUUUUAUAACAAAGCCAGCAUUUAUUUUAACAUUCAACGAUGUUUUAAAAUUUUAUUAAUCGAGUUUUUCAAUUUAUGCCAACUGGUUUUUAUAAUAUUUUAUUUAUCUUCUAAUAUGAUUUUGUUAAAACUGCUUUGAUGUAGAUGUAAAUAAAAGAUUUCUAUCCUUCAUCAGAUUUGUUUUAAAGAUGAGAUAAUAAAAAGAUAUAUUUCAAA